AUGUUGGCCACGUCGGCCGUCCGCGGUGCCCCAUUGAGGGUCGCUGCCCGAACCAUUGUUCGAAAGACCACAACUCGUGCCGCCUCUUCGAGCUCCUCCGAAGCCGCCUCUUCUCCCUUUUACCUUACACUGGGCGCUUCUGCUGCGACCGCAGCUACAGUAGGCUCAAUUGCCUGGUACUACCAUCUGUUCGGACAAGAUGUCUAUGCUAUGACUCCAGCGGAAGAGGGUUUACAUCCAACCCAGUAUCCGUGGGAACACACAAAAUGGACAAAAACAUUCGACCACGCUGCUCUCCGAAGAGGGUUCCAGGUUUACCGUGAAGUCUGCGCCGCUUGCCAUUCCCUUAAGCGAAUUCCAUAUCGGUCACUGGUCGGCACAAUAAUGACUGUCGACGAAGCCAAGGCCUUAGCUGAAGAAAAUGAGUACGACACUGAGCCGAACGAUGAGGGAGAGAUUGAGAAACGACCCGGCAAGCUGUCAGACUACAUCCCGGCCCCAUACAAGAACGACGAAGCUGCCCGUGCCGCCAACAAUGGUGCUCUCCCUCCGGAUCUAUCCCUCAUCGUUAAAGCCCGUCACGGCGGCUGCAACUAUAUCUUCAGCUUACUGACCGGGUACCCCGACGAACCGCCUGCGGGUGCGGCUGUCCAGUCAGGUCUGAGCUUCAAUCCAUAUUUCCCCGGUACAGGUAUCGCGAUGGCUCGUGUUCUUUACGAUGGGCUGGUUGAAUAUGAAGACGGCACACCCGCUACCAGCUCACAAAUGGCCAAAGACGUGGUUGAGUUCUUGAACUGGACUGCAGAGCCGGAAAUGGAUGAGCGCAAAAAGAUGGGAAUCAAAGUUUUGAUCAUUGGCACUGCCUUGCUGGCUUUGAGUGGUUGGAUCAAGCGAUACAAGUGGGCACCCAUCAAGACGAGGAAGAUCAUCUACAACCCUCCUGGACAAAAACCCGGGUUUAGAAUGUAA